GUUGGACGUGGCCAGCACAGGGGCCGGCACCAGGGGGUUAUCGAAGCAGCUGUCACGAUGCUGGGGUCCCUGGUGUUGAGGAGAACAGCGUCGGCGCCGCGGCUACUCCUCCAGCUGCUUAGGUCCCCAUCGCUCCGGAGCCGUGGGAGUGCCACCGACCGGAGUGUGACCACCGAGGGACGCGGGGAGCCUCAAUGGCUGAGGGCAGCCAUCGGGGGGCGCCCUGGAACAUCGCCGGCCUUACUCACCAGAGGAGGGGCAGCCACUGGGGGGAGCCAGAGAGGAGGUACCGAGACCCCCUGCCUCGCAGCCGCCACGUGGGGACGCCUUCCUAGCCCCGAAGACACUCUGCCUGGACAGGACUGCUGGAACGGGGUCCUCAACAGGGCCGGAAUGGGCGUGUGGGCGCUGGCGACGGUGCUGGUGGUACACUGUUACAGCAAGAGCCCGUCCAACAAGGAUGCAGCCCUGAUGGAAGCUGUUCGAGCCAACAAUGUCCAAGAAGUUAGCAGGCUGUUGUCGGAAGGUGCUGAUGUCAAUGCAAGGCACAGACUUGGCUGGACAGCACUCAUGGUGGCAGCCAUCAACCGAAACGACAGUGUGGUGCAGGUCCUGCUUGCAGCUGGUGCUGACCCAAACCUCGGGGAUGAUUUCAGCAGUGUUUACAAGACUGCCAAGGAGCAGGGAAUCCAUUCUUUAGAAGUCCUGGUCACCCGAGAGGAUGACUUCAACAACCGGCUGAACAACCGUGCCAGCUUCAAGGGCUGCACAGCCCUGCACUAUGCUGUCCUUGCCGACGACUACCGCACCGUCAAGGAGCUGCUUGAUGGAGGAGCUAAUCCCCUGCAGAGGAAUGAAAUGGGACACACACCCUUGGAUUAUGCUCGAGAAGGGGAGGUGAUGAAGCUUUUAAGGACUUCUGAGGCCAAGUACCAAGAGAAGCAGUGGAAACGUGAGGCCGAGGAACGGCGCCGCUUUCCCCUGGAGCAGCGGCUGAAGGAGCACAUCAUUGGCCAGGAGAGUGCCAUCGCCACAGUAGGUGCUGCGAUCCGGAGGAAGGAGAAUGGCUGGUACGACGAAGAACACCCUCUGGUCUUCCUCUUCCUGGGAUCAUCUGGAAUAGGAAAAACAGAACUGGCCAAGCAGACAGCCAAAUAUAUGCACAAAGAUGCCAAAAAGGGUUUCAUCAGGCUAGACAUGUCUGAGUUCCAGGAGCGGCAUGAGGUGGCCAAGUUUAUUGGGUCCCCACCAGGCUACAUUGGCCAUGAAGAGGGUGGCCAGCUGACCAAGAAGCUGAAGCAGUGCCCCAACGCUGUGGUGCUCUUCGAUGAGGUGGACAAAGCCCAUCCAGAUGUGCUCACCAUCAUGCUGCAGCUGUUUGAUGAGGGCCGGCUGACAGAUGGAAAAGGGAAGACCAUCGACUGCAAGGACGCCAUCUUCAUCAUGACCUCCAAUGUGGGCAGUGACGAGAUAGCACAGCACGCGCUGCAGCUGAGGCAGGAAGCUUUGGAGAUGAGCCAUAACCGGAUCGCCGAGAACCUUGGGGAUGUCCAGACUAGUGACAAGAUCACCAUCUCUAAGAACUUCAAGGAAAAUGUGAUUCGCCCCAUCCUAAAAGCUCACUUCAGGAGAGAUGAGUUUCUGGGACGAAUCAAUGAGAUCGUCUACUUCCUCCCCUUCUGCCACUCGGAGCUCAUCCAACUCGUCAACAAGGAGCUGAAUUUCUGGGCCAAGAGAGCCAAGCAAAGGCACAACAUCACACUGCUCUGGGACCGUGAGGUGGCGGACGUGUUGGUCGACGGCUACAACGUGCACUAUGGCGCCCGCUCCAUUAAGCAUGAGGUGGAGCGCCGUGUGGUGAACCAGCUGGCGGCCGCCUACGAGCAGGACUUGCUGCCAGGGGGCUGCACUCUGCGCAUCACUGUGGAGGACUCAGAUAAGCAGCUACUCAAGAGUCCUGAACUGCCCUCACCCCAGGCUGAGAAGCGUCCACCCAAGCUGCGCCUGGAGAUCAUCGAUAAGGACAGCAAGACCCACAGAUUGGACAUCCAGGCACCACUAAACCCUGAGAAGGUGUGCCACACCCUCUAGCGUCUACCUACCUGCCUAUACGUGCCCUGAACACCUAAUAAAGCCCCCUUGGCUGUGGCAUGGUAA